CAUAUAUAACCAAGGAAAUAAAUUUUAAAAAACUAAAGUGAACACAAACACAUUUUCAGAAUCCCAAGGAACAUCCACUUUUCUCAUCACCCUGCGUUGACUGACUCAUACUACUACUAUUCCUACUCUUUCUUAAACUCAUCCCUGCUUUUCUGUUUUCUUCCAUAACUUGUACAUAAAUAGACCCUUCUCAUCAUUUUUUGUUGCCAUCAACUCACACUGUGUAGUAUACCUUGUUACAAAAUGAACAAUCUUCAUUCCCUAGCUUACACUGCUGCUACUACUAGCCUCUGUGGUUCUUCCCUAGGUUGGGAUUAUCACAACCUUGGAGUUCUCAACGCGGACAAAAUGUCUUUAAUGGAAGCUAUGGAGGGAAGUACACCAUCACUCUCCCCUCAACAUUCUGAUUUCUCAACUGGGUAUCUCGAAGAUGCUUUGAUUGAAUCAUGUGAACGUUCCAAACGUAGACGCUUGCUGCCAUGUACUACUGCUGAUGAGCAUAGCAUGAGUUUCAUAGAUGACCUUGAGCAGAGUUUCUGGAACUUCAACCCCUUAUGGCACCAACCAGUGGAGAACUUCAACUUCUACUGCAUGAACCAGAUAGAAAGGUUUUGUGGAUUUUCAGAUGAACUUAUAAGCACAUCAAGGAGCGAGGAAGCAAACAUUCUUCUAGCAGAUUCUAAAACACCGGAAGAGACAAUAUCAGCCUCUGAAUCUUUAAAUUCAUCCUCAUCUUCUUACAAACAACCGGUGACAUGCAAAACCACAGACCCCACAGUAGCCCCAACAGGAAGUGAUGAAAUGGGGAAUAAAAAGGUGGUAACAAGAGUGGUGUAUCCAUUUGCAAUGGUGAAGCCAGGAGGUAGGGAAGGUGAUGUGACAUUAAAUGACAUAAAUGAGAGGAUCCUAAUGCCUCCUACAAGGCCAGUGAGGCAUCCAGUUGGGGACUUUGCAUGUCGGCCAUGCGUGUCCGCAGAGGGUCCAGGCCUUUCAGGGAAAGCAGUGGUGGCCCUUACUAGAAUUCACACACAGGGAAGAGGCACAAUCACUAUUAUCAGAACCAAGGGCUAAACAAUAUUCAGCAGUGUUGUGUUAUGGCUUGCUUGCUUGCUUGCUUGCUUGGCUAGCACCUAUCUAGCUAUUACUUCAAGCAGCUUUUUGAGCCUGAUUUGCUUUGUUUUCAUCAGUCCUUCUUCCAAUUGUAAAGAUGGAAAGCGAUAUCUAUGUAUGUGCAUACACCUUAUAUAAUACUUGAAUCUUAUGUUAAAGCUGUUCUUCUCAG